CUCUAGAUUUUUUGUAGUUUUUUUUUUCUAUAUUUUCAUUUUUAUUUAUAUUUUUUCUCUUUUCUAAGACUUAAAGAGUUAAUUGUUUGGCCGUGGAACUUACUUCAUAGAUUUGGUGGACUUGACUUACUAGUCAAGUCUUUUUUGUUCUUCUUUCUAGAAUUGUAGAAUUUAAAUGGACUAUAAAUGCUUUCCGUGGAAAAUUCAAGUUGGAAAUUGGAUUUUCUGGAAAUUUUUAACUCCAUAUACUUGGUUGACUUGACUUGACUUGACCUCCUUGUCAAGUUCUUUUGAUGUUCUUUCUACACGCCGAAUUUCAUUCAUACAUAUGAAUGCUUUCUGUGGAAAAUUCAAGUUGGAAAUUUAAAUUGGAGACUUCGAAGAAAUUUCCUAAUGCUUGAUGUGGUAGAAAACAUUUUUCUUUAACUUUAUAUAUUAGGUGUUGGUAGCAAUGAUCAGUACGCAACCAUGAAAGCAGUUACAAUUUCCUUGUUUGGGUUUCUUCUUGUCAUCGCAGCGGCUAUUAUUAGCUUUUGUGAUGGGAAUUCCAAAGUGCUUUGCAUUGGAAGUGAGGGGCAAGCCCUUUUGACGUUCAAGCAAGACCUCAUUGAUCGAUCAAACAGGCUAUCUUCUUGGGUUGAAGGUGAGGAUUGCUGUGAAUGGCAUGGUGUUUUCUGCAAUAGCCUGACUGGCCAUGUUAAAGAGCUGCAUUUGGGGCUUCUUUCAACUAGUCCUGAUGCUUAUGCACCGGCUGCUGAAUGGGAUGCUUACUUUCGAUCAAAGUUAGGAGGCAAAAUAAAUCCAUCUUUGGUCGAUUUGAAACAUCUCAGUUUCCUAGACUUAAGUAAUAAUGAAUUUGGAGGCCUGGCAAUUCCCGAAUUCAUUGGUUCGAUGAAGAGUUUGACGUAUCUUAACCUCUCUUGGGCAAAUUUCGUAGGAGCAAUUCCCCAUAAUCUUGGAAAUCUCUCAAAACUGCAUUAUCUUGAUCUUGGAAUCAAUUCCUUAUUUGAAGCUCAAACUCUUCAAUGGGUUUCUGGUCUUUCAUCUCUGCAGUAUCUUGGUUUGAGCCUUGCAAAUCUUAGUAAAGCAACUGAUUGGCUGCAGGCAACACACAAUCUUCCUUCUUUGGUGGAGUUACACUUGUCAGGAUGCUCUCUAAAUAAUGGUCCAUCUCCAAUCAGUGUUAAUUACACAUCUCUUGCUGUUCUUGAUCUUUCUCAAAACAUGUUGUCUUCGGUGACAUGGAUAUUCAAUCUUCGUAGUCUUGUGUCCAUUGAUCUUAGCUCUAGUGGAGUUGAAGGUAUGAUUCCCAGUGGCUUUCAAAACAUGUCUUCUCUCAAAUUUCUUGAUCUUAGUUGGAAUUCAUUCUCUUCAUCAUCGACACUCAACUGGUUGUCUGAUUUAAACCAACUUCAAUUCCUUAGUCUUAACAGUGUCGGCCUGCAAGGUAAUUUUCAAGUGCCA